AUGAAUAAAUAUAUUUUAUUUAGACUACGUAAUGAAUUAAAUCGAUCAAAUGAACAAAUUGAAGAAUAUCGACAUUUAAUUUAUUUAUUAAAUGAAAAAAAUUUAACAACUAAUAUUGAUGAUAUUAAUUUAAUUGAUUAUUCUGAUGAUGAUAUUGAUAUUAGACCAAUGGAAAAAAAUUUUUGUCUUGAUGAUAAUACAGAAAAUAAAUUUAUUUUUUUGUAUAGUAAACCUUCAUUACCACCAGAUGAUGAUGAUGAUGUUGAUAAUUUAUCAAUACUUUCACAUCUUGAAAAUGCGAUUGAAUGA